ACAUAUGAAGCGAGCCGGGAGGACCAUGGUUGAGAGGACCAGCAAGUUCUUGCUGAUCGUGGCCGGCUCGGUGUGCUUCAUGCUGAUCUUGUACCAGUAUGUGGGGCCGGGGCUGAGUCUGGGGGCGCCCAGCGGCCGCGCCCUGGCCGAUGACCUGGACCUCUUCCCCACGCCCGACCCGCACUACGUGAAGAAGUAUUACUUCCCCGUGCGGGAGUUGGAACGGGCGCUCACCUUUGACAUGAAGGGCGACGACGUGAUCGUGUUUCUGCACAUCCAGAAGACGGGCGGCACCACCUUCGGCCGCCACCUGGUGCAGAACGUGCGCCUCGAGGUGCCCUGCGACUGCCGGCCGGGCCAGAAGAAGUGCACCUGCUACCGGCCCAACCGCAGGGAGACCUGGCUCUUCUCCCGCUUCUCCACCGGCUGGAGCUGCGGGCUGCACGCCGACUGGACCGAGCUCACCAACUGCGUGCCGGGAGUGUUGGACAAGCGGGAGAACGCGGCCCUCAAGACGCCAAGAAAAUUCUACUACAUUACGCUGCUGAGAGACCCCGUGUCCCGCUACCUCAGCGAGUGGCGGCACGUUCAGCGCGGGGCCACCUGGAAGACCUCGCUGCACAUGUGUGACGGGCGGACCCCCACCCCUGAGGAGCUGCCCCCAUGUUAUGAGGGCACAGACUGGUCGGGCUGCACCCUGCAGGAGUUUAUGGACUGCCCCUACAACCUGGCCAACAACCGCCAGGUGAGGAUGCUGGCCGACCUGAGCCUGGUAGGCUGCUACAACAUGUCCUUCAUUCCCGAGAACAAGCGGGCGCAGGUCCUCUUGGAGAGCGCCAAGAAGAACCUCCGGGACAUGGCCUUCUUCGGCCUGACGGAGUUCCAGAGGAAGACCCAGUACCUGUUCGAAAGGACUUUCAACCUGAAGUUCAUCCGGCCCUUCAUGCAGUACAACAGCACGCGGGCCGGUGGCGUGGAGGCCGACAGUGAGACCAUCCGGAGGAUCGAGGAGCUCAACGACCUGGAUGUGCAGCUCUAUGACUAUGCCAAGGACCUCUUCCAGCAACGGUACCAGUACAAGCGGCAACUGGAGAGGAUGGAGCAGAGGAUUAAAAAUCGAGAGGAAAGACUUCUCCACCGGUCCAAUGAGGCCCUUCCCAAGGAAGAGGCGGAGGAGCAGGGACGCUUGCCCACUGAAGACUACAUGAGCCAUAUUAUAGAGAAGUGGUAGCCCAGGGGAGCCUUUUCUACUUCACAGCACCCAAGAAUUCUCACGGGGCAGGGGGGGAAUCAUACGGUUGUGUGACAGAAACCCACAAAACUUUAUUUAAAAAACCCCAAGUCUGUUUAACAGAAGGUAGAUGUGUCUGAAAAAUACACAACAGGGAGGGGGGUGGGGGGGAGUGGGGAAGUGUGGCUUUUUACUGUUUCUACAAGGCCAGACAUUCUUUAAAAAUAAAUAAAGGAAAAUUUUAAAUGGGUCACAGACAACUCGUACUUAACCCAGAACCACCGAGUCAGCUCCCCACGCCCAAGGUCCAGGACUGCAUGAAUGGUUUGUGCCCCAAGCUCAGAAGAGGGUCAUGUUCCUUUGCAUCUGUGCCCUGAGCUUCCAGGCCAAUGGGAGAGAAGGAAGUAGUAGCUUUUAGAAAAGAAAAAGAAAGUCAAGGGGACAGGAUGGCUUGGCUAUCAGUACAUCAUCUAACCACAGAAAGCAACAGUGCUCAGGUUCAUAUAGCCACAAAGGAAAACAGAGUAAAAGUAAGACAACUAAGGGAGGGCUUCACGUAUGAGGGGGAAUACAGGGGAUUUUGAAGUCAUCUAGAAUACACCCCAUGCUAACGGGCCCUGAUCACUUCGCUCACCAACUAAGAGGUCAUCUUCAGAGCACAGUAAAGAGAAACCAAAUCUGAUUCCAUGUAGAACUGGCGGUAUAAAUGUGUGUCUGUGUGUAUGUGCAUGUGUGUGAGCGCUCGUGCGCAGGUACAUACAUACACAUACACAUACACACACACAUACAUCAUCCCUUCCUUUCUCUAGGUACAAUCCAUACAUCCUUUAAAAAGGUCCGAACGCUGGUGUUUUGUUUUGGUUUGUUUUAAUACAUCAGGCACAUUCUUCCCAUAGAACAUGGGGACCACCUCACUCAAGAACCUGAAGAGACUAUCUGGUCCCAGACAGAAACCAUCACUGUUGCCUUUAUUACCUGUGAGCAUCUGAAUAUUUAUGAGGGCAGGUACCUUUAUUCAGGAAAACAGUUACUUCUUUUGAAUUACCUUAAGAAGUUUUUUUCCCUGCACUUGCCCUCCAUUAGACCAUCCCUAGCUUUCCAAUCUUGCCCGAAGACUAAAGAGCCUCCUUAGUUAGGGAAUAACAUAACAGGAAAGCCAUGGGAAAAAGGAAAAUGACGAGUGUUGAGUCUUUGGGGCUUGAGUCCUGCUGGCCUCCCCCCACCCCCAAGGAGGAGUCAGGUUUUAUUCUCCUGCUUAAUAUGAGAAUCUCUAACUGGAAUUGAUGCCUCUCAGUAGGGGACCAGCAAGAGAUUCCUGCCCAUUUCCAGCUAUCUUAUUCCACAUUCUCUCUUUGCUGCUCUACUCAGCUCUGAUGUAUUGACAUGGAAACGAUUUGGGGGAGGGGGAGGGCGCGUCACUUAAGUAUUAGACUUUAUUUAUCACCCCCUGGAACUAAAUUGUUAUGGAGGGUAGACUGUGAUUUGAGGAAGGCAGCUGUAUGUUCCAAAGCUGUGAGCAUGCCUGUGAUAAAGGAAAUAAAGGGGCCCUGGAAGUCAGGCCCUCUGAGGUACUUUUAGCCAGCAGCUCUCACCCCUCCAAGGCCAGCUAGUACCGUGGUCCUGCUUUGGCGUCACUGCCUUUACCCCCGGAAUCUGUAGCUUCGGAGGGCACCGUCAGAGGGUGCCUGACUGGCCUGAAUGCAAUCUCCGUCCAGCACCAAUUACGUGGAACCAGUUGGCCCCUGGAGAUGUCGCUGCCUGAAUGGAUGGAACAGAGCAGGAACAGGGCAAGUAUCCUGCACAGGAUGGAAGCAUCCCCUGAGUGUGCAGAACAUUCUGGAAAAGACCUUGUGGACACCCUCCUUAACUUCCCUCAUGUUUGGAGAUUUGCUAAAGGAUCAAAAACUCCACCCCAAGCCUCAAACUCCAGUUAUUUUCAUGUGGCUGAUUUGUCUUAUGGCCUCCGUAGAUAAAUGGAACAAAACCUCAGUUCACAAAAAUAAAAAAUUUUAUAAAACCUCAGUUAACUACAACUCAGAUAUAGGACCCUCAAUUAACCAGAAUUCUUUUGUGGGAUGGGGAGGAAGGAAAGGGCAAUGGCUGCCGUUCGACUUUAGAUGAAAGAAAUGCAAGCCACGAGGAAAGAUGCUGGUGCAAAGGACUUAGUCAAGAAAAUCAUUUCUGUGGGCUAUCAUGAGCUCAUUCUGAAUUCAGCUCAAUUCCCCUACUCCUCCUCUCUCGACAUCAAGCAAUUAGAGUGCAUGUUCAGGACAAUAUUCUUGAGGCCCUACGAGACCCUCAGUCAGGAAAGAAGGAUUCCAUUAAGUCAUCCACACACCUCUGAGUGAGGCAGGAAGAGGAGGGGACUCUGGUAUUUUAGAAAGUGCUUCACCAACAGAGGUUGGUACCAAAAAGAGCUUUAGGGCUAACUUGUUGCUCAGAAGUUCAACUAACCAGAAACUCCAGAGGGUUUUAGUCUCAGCCUCUUAAAAUCUCUCUGCCUGUUUUAAAGGGCAAUCCUCCAGUGAACAUUUGUUGAGCUCUUCCCUUACAGAUUCUGGUGUGAUCUGUUGGCCCCCGGUGCGUGUCUUUGCUUUCUGAUGAAUACUAUUUUAGAGCCACUUUUCCCAUCCAUUAAACCUUUUCAGAGUUAUCCCCACCCCACUGGCCAAGCCCCCAAGACAGCGUUACUACCCAGAUCUUCCUCCUCUCUAUUUACCCUCCCCUGUACCUUUUUUUUUAUUCCUUCAUCCUUCUUGCUUCCUUUCACCCUCUCCUCUCCUCUUCCUCUUUCCUUUCUUUCUUCUCCCUCAUUCUCCAAUUUAUUUCCAGAUCUCCAUUUGCCGUUGUUUCCCUCUCUGUCGUUUUCCCUCUUUUCCCACCUUUCCCCGGCGCCCCCCCCUCUUCUUUCCUCCUAUAGCAAUUCUUCAACUUCCUUUUAUCUCCCUCUCCUCAGAUUUCCUUUCCCAGUACCCCCUCUGCUCACACUGUAAAGCAAAGCAUUGGAAAGAGAAGACAUUCUCAGUCCUGGGGUAUUCCAGGAUGGUCUCACUGAAUAAUCCCCCAGUUCUAUGACCCAGUGUCAGAAUCCAAAACCAGCCCAUAAACACUGGGGGAUUGAUUAGACAAUCCGUUCCAAUCUGAAGUUAACCCAAGUGGCUGUCCUUGUACCCCCCUCAGCCUGAAACACCACCUCCAUUUUCUAGCAGUAUCAGUCAUCCGAUGUUCCAAUCUUUCAACCGGAUGAUCCAGAAAUGCCCUCCCAGUGGCACCAGCAGCCCAACCACUCACCUUGCAAGAGCCUCCCAACACUAAACAAGGCUUUAUUUGCUCUCUAGGUAUGUGCUGAGCAGACUGCUCUUCACCCCUUGUUUCCUGAAAGCGUGGCAGAGUUUCCAGAAUGGGUUAUAACAACAAUCUGUGGAGUGGAAUAAAAAUACUGUAGCUAUAUUUAGCUAUUCCAGGUGCUUUCAUGUCUAUUAAGUGAUCCUCAUGACACUCCUGUGAAGUCGAUAUUUUUAUCUUCUUUUGAUAGGUGAUGCAAUUGAGGGAGGCCUAGAAAAGUUUAAAUGACUGGGCCAGGGUCACAUAGUGAGUCAGAAACAGAACCUUACCAAGAGGGUUCCUGAGAGGAAGAAACUGGGUUCAAGCUUCUGUCUCAAGGGGGUAUUAGUAAGGACCUUUGUUGGCCUCUCACUAGCAUAUCUGGGUUUUUUUAAAUCACUGCAAAGAAGGGGGGACCUUUCCCCGGCCCCCCCCCCCGUUUGAUUUCUUGCUUUAGGACAGCAUGUCCUGGUAUCAGGGCUUCAUUUCCUUAUACACAGGGGACUGAAGAGGAAUCAAGCACCAGAUGGGAUGAGUUGCUAGUUUGUAUGCCAUGGCAGAGGGAGUCAGCUCAUUGGGAGACUUGCCUUCCUGGCCUACUUCUGCCAACCUGAUUAAAAAUGCACAUCAUAAACUGGGUACAUCACAUAGAGAUGAUUGGGUGGGUGCUGGCUACACGCCUGGGGGAUGCAGAUUAUGUGCUUGGGGGUGCAUGUCAUAUGCAAGGAAUUAAGGUGGUUCUGUGGGUGAAUUGAGUAGAGUUGGCCCUCUUAAAUGGCAACCCAGUAGUGAGUGGUUUAGCUUUGAAAAUCUUAAUGGAGAACUUCUCUAAUCAAAAUGAUCAGCUGUGGUUUGGAAGAGUGACAGAAUCUCUCACCAAGAUUAGUGUGGGCUGUAAGGCCCGCUCAUAUUUCACUUGGUGUUACUCCCACAUUCAGGAAGGACUUUUCAUUUGCCAGGCACACUGGCCAGAGCACGAUGUGGAAGGAUGCAGCCGCAUUCCUCUCUUGCAGUUCCCUUUACACCAAGCCUGGCACUCCCACGAAGGACUGAAUCGAGAGACCUGUACUCUGAAAGGCUGAUCUUCUUUGAGAAUAGUGCUGGGAGCAUGGGAUUUGUUUUGUACAUAUUGAAAUAUGUUUUAACUUAUUUUUAAUUGCCCCAAUUCCCCUUGAAGUGAUGAUUUUUCUGGUUGUUUUUUUUUUUGUUUGUAUUUGGAAAUUUAAAAAAAAAAAAAGGUCUCUUAUUCUUUCCAUCACCAACACUUCGGGUGCCCGUGAGGCAGAGCAAAUCCGCAGCUGCCAAUGACCGUACUCGAAUUUUCGGUUCAUGCCGUUGGCUUUUGAUUAAAGGCAUCACUUGUACUUCCUUUCAUUUCAGCAUCAUCUUGGAAAUGUAAGGGAUGAUCCAACAGGGAAGGGGAGUUCCCCCUUACAGUUCCCCUUUUUGAUGACUUUAUCUGCCAGGGAACUCGUGGGGAGGGGGUGUUGCUGAGAGGGCAAAUUCAAAAAUCCAGUAAGUUAAAAAAAUCAGUCCUUGGCCCAGCCCCAACCUAGGCCCAGAAGACCCAGCUGUUUCCCUGGAGCUAAGAAAAAGGAAAGCCAGGGUUUUCUGAGCAAUGAGUCUGUGACAUUUUCAGUUUAACUUGAGCCCAGUAACAUUUAAAGCUUUUAUUUAUUUAUAGCUUCUUAACAAAAAAAAAAGAAAAAAAGAAUAAGUUGUGUUCAUUGAGAAGGAAUUGUUUGGUUAUUUGUAUGAGAAAAUGGUUCAACAACAACAACAAAAAAAUAAUCUUCUAAUUGUUUUUGUCUAGGUCAGGAAUGAAUGUUAGCAAAUGAAAUAAAUCUUCAAACUGA